CAGUCAUAAUGACAAAGCUCAAUGGCCAAGUCAAAAAUUCCCUAAACAUCACCACUCCUGGAGUACAGAUAUGGAGGAUAGAGGCCAUGCAGAUGGUGCCUGUCCCCAGCAACACCUAUGGAAAUUUCUUUGAUGGUGACUGCUACAUUGUCCUGGCUAUCCAUAAGACAGGGAAUACUCUCUCUUAUGACAUUCAUUACUGGUUGGGCAAGGAUUCAUCCCAAGAUGAGCAGGGUGCAGCUGCCAUCUACACCACCCAGAUGGAUGACUUUCUUAAGGGCCGGGCUGUCCAGCAUAGAGAAGUCCAAGGCUAUGAGAGUGAUACGUUCAGGGCCUACUUCAAGCAAGGACUUGUGAUCCGGAAAGGGGGGGUGGCAUCUGGAAUGAAACAAGUGAAAACCAACUCAUAUGAUAUUCAACGUCUGCUACAUGUCAAGGGCAAGAGGAAUGUGGUGGCUGGAGAGGUGGAAAUGUCAUGGAAGAGUUUCAACCGAGGGGAUGUUUUCAUUUUGGACUUGGGCAAGCUCAUCAUACAGUGGAAUGGCCCUGAGAGCAACCGAAUGGAGAGAAUCAAGGGGAUGAACCUGGCCAAGGAGAUCCGGGACCAGGAACGGGGUGGCCGGGCCUAUGUGGGAGUGGUGGAUGGCGAUCACGAAGCCGACUCGCCUGAGUUAAUGGAAGUGAUGAAGCAUAUACUUGGCCAGAGAAAAGAACUGAAGGCAGCCAUCCCUGACAAUGUGGUAGAACCUGCUCUCAAGGCUGCCCUGAAACUUUACCAUGUUUCUGAUGCAGAGGGCAAACUGGUGGUAAGAGAAGUGGCCACUCAUCCUCUCACUCAGGAUCUACUGAACCACGAGGACUGUUAUAUUCUAGACCAAGGAGGUCUGAAGAUCUAUGUGUGGAAGGGAAAGGAUGCAAAUUCUGAGGAGAGGAAAGGAGCCAUGAAUCAAGCUCUGGAAUUCAUCAAGGCCAAAAAAUACCCACCCAGCACUCAGGUGGAGAUACAGAAUGAUGGUGCCGAGUCGGCUGUCUUCCAACAACUUUUCCAGAAGUGGAUAAUCCCCAACCGAACCUCUGGCCUUGGCAAAACCCACACUGUGGGCUCUGUGGCCAAAGUGGAACAGGUGAAGUUUGACGCAGAAUCCUUGCAUGUCAGGCCUGAGAUGGCUGCAAAGCAGAAUAUGGUGGAUGAUGGAAGCGGGGAGGUUGAGGUGUGGAGGAUUGAGAACCUGGAGCUGGUGCCCGUCGAAUCCCGGUGGCUGGGACACUUUUAUGGUGGGGAUUGUUACCUGCUGCUCUACACCUACUUAAUCAAUGAGAAGAAGAACUACAUAAUCUACAUAUGGCAGGGCCGCUCUGCUACUCAGGAUGAGAUUACAGCCUCAGCAUAUCAAGCAGUCACCUUGGACCAGAAGUACAAUGAUGAGCCUGUCCAGAUUCGGGUGCCAAUGGGCAAGGAACCGCCUCAUUUCAUGGCCAUCUUCAAAGGACGCAUGGUGGUCUACCAGGGGGGCACCUCCCGGGCAGGAAACAACGAGCCUGUGCCCUCUACCAGGUUGUUCCAAGUUCAAGGAACAAACGAUAAGAACACGAAAGCCUUUGAGGUCCCUGCCAGGGCCAGUUCACUCAACUCUAAUGAUGUCUUCAUCCUUAAGACACAAUCUUGUUGCUACCUGUGGUAUGGCAAGGGCUGUAGUGGGGACGAGCGGGAGAUGGCGAAGUCGGUGUCGGAUAUCAUCUCUCGAACGGAGAAGUUGGUGGUGGUGGAAGGGCAAGAACCAGCAAACUUUUGGAUUGCCCUGGGCGGAAAGGCACCCUAUGCUAACAACAAGAGACUCCAGGAGGAAAAUCUUUCCAUUGUGCCACGACUCUUUGAGUGCUCCAAUCAGACAGGUCGCUUCCUGGCUACAGAAAUUCCAGAUUUUAAUCAAGAUGAUCUGGAAGAAGAUGAUGUGUUUCUCCUAGAUGUCUGGGACCAGGUUUUCUUCUGGAUUGGGAUGUAUGCCAACGAGGCAGAGAAAAAUGCUGCAGCGGUGAUGGUGCAGGAAUACCUGAAGACACACCCCAGUGGGCGAGAUCUGGAGACACCCAUUGUGGUGGUGAAGCAAGGACAUGAGCCUCCCAUCUUCACUGGGUGGUUCAUGGCUUGGGAUCCUUUCAAAUGGGAUAACAUGGUAUCUUAUGAGGACAUGAAGGCAGAACUGGGAAACAACAGCCACUUGAGCCAGAUCACAGCUGAGAUAACUAAUCCUAAACCAGAUGUGUUCAACGCUAACACUAAUCUUAGUCCUGGACCUCUGCCUACUUUCCCACUGGACAUGCUUAUGAACAAAUCUGCAGAAGAACUACCUGAGGGUGUGGAUCCUAGUAGAAAGGAGGAACAUUUGUCUGGGGAAGAUUUCACUCGGGUCUUUGGGAUGAGUCCAGCUGCCUUCUCUGCAUUGCCAAGAUGGAAACAACAGAGUCUGAAGAAGGAGAAAGGGCUGUUUUGAAGAAAAGGGUAUCUGCAAAGUUCCUGUCUUCCUCAAGGUGGCUUUGCCAAGUUUCAUUUCCUAUCCUUACUAUGCCAAAUAAAGUGAAAUUACUUUUAGAGUACUGAAAGGGAGAGAGUAAUGUCUCCUCUCUUCAGUUACCUACCAACCACUUCCUUCCAAAAGGAUCUGCCUCAGGGAAAUGGUGGUCUCAUUUCUGAGCUCUACAGAGGGAAGACCUGGCAGUAGUUAGAUUGACCUACCCUACCACUGCUUUUAAUUAUCUUGUUAUAGAAAAUAAAAGUGGCCACUCCAGACAACACUUAAAUUUUAAGGAGGGUUCCCCAUAGGGUCUCAAAAUCAUAGCUUGUCUGAUCUCAACAGUAGGUGGGUUGAGCAUUUUCCAGAUUUAUAAUUUUCACUUUAAUUUUUCUUUCCUCAAUGGCUGGAUCUAAUACAUUCUUGAUGUGCUCUUUUGGGGCAAACACCUUUUUAACCCAGUCUCAAUGAACUUGAAUGAAAAUGAACUUAGCCCCUCUGCUAUACAACCUACACUAUUUUUCUCUAAAUGUAAGGAAUGUAUGAUGAUGCUAUUCUGGGCUUUGGGGUAGAAGGACCACAGCAUUUUUCUCCAAAUUUGGACCACCAUCUGGAAUCCAGAACCUUAUGAAAGUCAUAAAAUUUUAAAUAUCAUUUCUUCUCUAAUAAUAUUUCAAUUGAGUAAAGUAAAACAGGAAGAAAUUGACCCUGUACUAGCAAGGAGCUUAAACUAUCAACUUUUCAAUAAUCUGGCACCCAUAAAACUAAAAAUGUAAGCUAAGAGUAGGAACUAUUUUUUCUCUCUUUAUCCCCAGUGCCCACCACAGCACCUGGCACAAAGCAGAACUUUAAAAUAUUUGUUGAAUUAAGUUGAAGCUCAGUGGUGACCAAAAUGACAGUUACUUUGCCCCUUUUCUUCUAAGAAACACAUUAUAGGAAACCUCUCCAGAAAACUAAAAAAUGUUGUCUCCACAGAUGUGCCAACUGUUUUUUAAGCGUCUAACAGAAUGUUGUCCUUUCCAGAAAUAAAAGUCAAACCAAUAGAGGGUUAAUAAAGAGGCUUUAAUUUCACAAAAAAAAAA